AUGGAGACAAUUGACAUUCAGAAUCGAUCCUUUGUCGUUCGAUGGGUGAAGUGCAAUCAUGGAGACACGAUAAACUACCAGGUAAAACCCUUAAAGAAAUCAAUAGAAUUGGGUAUUUACAAGAAACUAAAAUUGAGCGUGGACAACGGGAACGGUGAUGAUCAUCAACCCAACAGCCGACACAACUCCUCUGUGCACAUUGCAGAAGACACGAGAAGUGUUUUGGAUUUUGCUUCUAAGACGCUAAAAAAUAGAACCAGUUCCUUUAGCACUACAGAUGAUUCUCAUUCCUCAUUAUCUCUGAGCAACAUCCAACAACAGUCGAUGGAGGGCUCUCUCCGGGACAGAUUGGAAGCUUCAGGGUUCACCCUAGUAAAGUGGAUUGGCCAUAUUUAUGCAAAUAAAAUGACGGAGGGCGUGUUGGAUGUAGAAGAUAACGAUUACUACUAUGCUUUCAUUCUGGAUAAUACCUCAUCAAAAAACGUUCGGAAAAAGACUUUGUUUAACGCCAGCGUGGUGCGCGAUGACGUGCAGUCCACCAUCAGCACGAAAUCUGCACCUUCUCCAAGAACAAGCUCCUUUCAGUUAUCAACAUACCAGAAGGAUGCGCCUUUGUUCGUCGGACAGGGUAGAUAUUUAGAGGGCUACCUCUCAAAGAAAAGAAGAAAGAGACUACAAGGCUUUAAAAGAAGAUUUUUUACUCUGGAUUUCAGAUAUGGAACGUUGUCGUACUAUAUGAACAACCAUAUCCAAGCCCGUCGUGGUGAAAUUGUUAUUAAUUUGUCCACAGUGAGUGCAAACAAAAGAGACAAAUUAAUCAUUAUCGAUUCAGGGAUGGAAAUUUGGGCCUUGAAGGCAAAAGAUACCAAUAGUUGGCAGACUUGGGUUGACGCCUUACAGAAAUGCUUUGAUAAGAAUAAUGAGCCAGAAGUGGGGGAUGACGAAGAUGCUGGAUUAGCCGCUACUUUGAAAGAUGAACGAGAGGUCCUGACUCUAAAGAAAGACCAGGACAUACCACUCUCGGAAAAAGAACGGAUAUCGUCAAGCAUCGACGAUGAUAGCUAUGUCCCCUUACCGAACGAAGCGUAUGAAGAUUUUUUUGCCAACUUGACCAUUAUUCAACAAAGAUUGGAAGAAUGCAAGAAUGAAUCGAAGUUGUACUCACAAACACAGAACGAUAAUAGACUGUAUAAAUUGGGGCGUUCUCCAUCAUCUUCGUCAUCAAUUAACGCCGGGGUCGAAAGAGUAAAAAUGAUGAGUCCUGUGUCGCCUAAUGAAUCUACAAAUUCAUUGUCUUCCCAUAUGACCAGUUCGAAUAUAGAUGGACUAGCGGAUUCCAGAGAUCAUAACUUAUACCAGAAACUGUCGGAAUUAGAAAUUGUAGUGCAACAAUUUGUUAAACAAAGCAAAAUCCUAACUGCAGAUUUCACACAGGUUACGAGGAAGGUGAAAGAACAAAUAUGCCCAUCCAUAAAAUCGAGUUUAACAGGAAAUGAAGAGUUUUUUGACGCCCAAGACGCUGCUAGUCGUCGUGUUAUAAUGCUCGAUGACGAAGAGGUCAGCGACGAAGCCGAUGUAGAAAGCACCAAAGAUACUUCCGUAGUUCUCGAAGACGAGGAUACCAGAGAUUUGAAAAAAACUAUAAUGAGAGAAAACAAUGCCAGAGCGACGCGGGAAAUGACACCUUUGAGUGAAGUUUCUAGCUCUCAGACAAAGGAGGACCAAGCAGAAGACAAUGAUCUGUAUCCUCUCCCCAUUAAAAAACAAUUCUACGCCGUAAUGAUAUUACACCGGCUGCUUCUUCCCCUACCCAGUUUGCUAUCUUUCCUCAGAAAAAACGUGGGCAAAGAUUUAAGCUCCAUUGCCAUGCCAGUGACCUCAAACGAACCCCUUACUAUUCUACAAAUGAUCUCUGAAACUUUUGAAUAUGCUUCACUACUGAACAAUCUGGACACCCAAGCGGAACCGUUAGUCACGGUAUCAGCCUUUGCAAUAUCAUUUUUGUCUAUUUAUAGAGAGAAGACGAGAGCUCUGAGGAAACCAUUUAAUCCGUUGUUGGGGGAAACGUUUGAACUUGUAAAAGAAGAUAUGGGAUUCAGAUUGGUUGCUGAAAAGGUCUGUCAUAAACCUCAAAUUUUCGCCUUUUUUGCGCAACAUGAAAACUGGGAAUGUAGCUAUACUGUUUCUCCAGUUCAAAAAUUUUGGGGGAAAUCCCUCGAGUUUAACAAUGAGGGUACCAUUGAAUUGAAGUGUAAAAAAACUGGCGAAUAUUUUGAAUGGUCCCAACCAAUUACAAUUUUGAAGAAUUUGAUUGCUGGAGAAAGAUACGUGGAGCCAAGUAACGAGUUUGAGAUUGUGUCAUCCAAGAGUGGUAAGACAACUGUAGAAUUUGAGAAAACUGGUAUGUUUGGUGGUAGGUCAGAAAGCGUUGCAGUGGUGUUAACACAGGACAACAACUCCAACAAUAGACGUCAAAUCAUAUCCGGUAAAUGGACCGAAAAGUUAAUUGACACGAAGACCAAAGGCACCAUCUGGAGUGUUGGAGAUUUGGUAUCAAAUUCAAAGAAAAAGUAUGGGUACACGAAAUUCUCUGCAAAUUUGAAUGAAGUCACCGAAUUGGAGAAAGGGCAACUACCGCCAACUGAUUCGAGAUUACGGCCAGAUGUGAAAGCAUAUGAAGCUGGCGAUAUUGAAACAGCCGAAACCCUGAAAUUGCAACUAGAACAAAAGCAGCGGGAGAGACGUCAACGGGGAGAAGAUGUUGAACCUCAAUAUUUUGUUAAGUCGUCUUCCAAGACGUGGCAGUAUAAGCGCGGUCCGGACAGCUACUGGGAAAGAAGAAAACGCCAAGAUUGGUCGAAUGUAGUACCAUUAUGGUAA